AUGGGCGCUAGUGGCAGUAAGGUGGCGGCGCGCACGUACAAAGCGGCGGAAUCCGGCGCAAAGCAAGCAGCAGCAGCGGCGCAGCGUGCCGCUGUGCCUGCAGGGGGUGCCCUGGCGCGUGACGAGGCCGCAGCAGUGCAGCAUGCGCCCGCACGCGGCGCCCGCUCGGCGAUCUCCCUGGAAGAGGAGGAGCGGCUCGAGGCAAAGGACACGUCCCUAGACCAGCUGCUGUCCAAGUUGGGGGGGUCCAUCACCGGCACGCGCGUCUUGAUAUCACCGCCGCCGGAAGCGCUGCCCCGCGCGCCGCCAGCGCAAGAGCUGGGCGCGGACGGACGGCUGCCAACGGACGCGCUGCGCGCGCUUUUCGAGCUGCAGGCCGCGUCGCAGGGCGGCCCCGCCGACCCUGGUCAUGAGAUCUCGCAGUACAACCCAGACCCGGAGCUCAUGCGGCGCGUGCUGGCGCGCGCCUGCCUGCCGCAGACCAUGGAGGCCGACGGCGCAGCCAACGUGCGGGUGUUCGCGCAGUGGCCGCCCUGGUUUAGGCGGCACCGCGGGCCGCUGCGCGAGCCCGCGCCGCCGCCAGCUGCUGCUGAUGCUCGUGACAGGGACUUCAGUGGCGCUCCUGCGCUCCUCUCACACGGUGCCUUCGCUCAGAAGGCUACUUACGUUGCCGCCAACAUCGUGCCUUCGUUUGACAAGUGUCCCGUGAAGACCCCUGCUGUCUGGGACCCUAAGGUGUUCGACUCGUCCUUGGACUCCCUGACCGCGCUGACCGAGUUCACCGACUCCCUGUCCAAGAAGUGCCAGGAGUCCCUGCUGAACCUGGCCAACUGCGCCAGCGACAACGACGCGUUCGCCAACCCCCCCUCCACCAUCACCUCGCUCUCGACCUCCAACGGCUGCUGCCUGACUGACUGCUCCAACUCGAUCAAGGAGGCGAGUGCCUGGAUUGGCAGCAGGACCAGUGUGUGGACAGUCACAUGCUCCGAUGAGGCGGCUCAUACCAUCAAGCUUGGCUGCUUCAACGACCUCCUCAAGGCGAUCUGCGGCAACCCUAAGGCUGAGAAGUACCAGACCGGCCUGUUCAACGCCGGCGUCCGUUGCGCCAACUUUGACGCCGCCUGCCCCGCCGGCGGCGCGGCCGCCCCUGCAAAGAACGCGACCACCGCGAGCGGCGCGGCCAACGUCACCGCCGCUGCCAAGCCGGCCGCCGGCAACGGCACUGCCGCCACCAAGGACGCUGCGCCCGCACCGGCCGCCGCGUCCCCGGCCCCCGCCGCCAAGGCCGCUGCCCCUAAGAACAACGCGGGCACCGCCGCGGCCUCAGCGGCAGCCGUCAUGGUCGGCGCCGCAGCCAUUCUUGUGCUGUAG